AUGACAGAAUCAAUAAGGUUCGAUAUUAAAAGAAUAGAAAAUGAAAUGAAUAUAAUAAAUUUUAAAGGAAAUGGUGAUCAAGAGUUUAAUAAUGAUAGUUUUAUGGAGUUCAAAGAUCAAGAGGUUUAUAAUCAUUUAUUAAAAUAUUAUGGAAAAGAAAGAAUGGAACAAAUUCAAAAAUCGAUGACCGAUGCAUUUUUAUAUACAACCAUUAGAGUUAAUUCCAAAACAACAAAUAAAGCUCAACUUAAAAAAGAUAUGAUAAACCACUUUGAAGAAAAUGAAAGGAAUUUAGAAAAUAGAAAUCAUUUUAAAAAAUUAUUAGAGUUUAAUGAAAUUAUAAACAGUAAAUCACCAUCAACAACAAAUGAAAUAGAAAAACAAAUUUUAAAUGACACAUUAUUCAUAAAAAAUGAAAAGAAUUUAAAAACACCAUUGCCAAUCUACCCUCAAAUUAUAGUUGAUAUUAUGUGUGGUGAAGCAGUUUUGCGUGGUAGCCAUAUAUUUUCAGUUGGUAUUUUAGCAUCAAAUAAAUAUAUUAAAAAGGGUGAUAUGGUUUCAGUAUUUGUAAAUUUAGAUUCAUUGGUAUUAAAAGGUUCAAUAAUCGAGGGUGUUUUUAAAGAAAAAUCAGCAUUUGUAGGAAAUGGUAUUAGUUUAUUAGAUAGAAGCGAAUAUAAUAAUACAAAAACAGGUGUAGGUAUCGAAAUGACAGAAAGACUAUUCUUUUGUCCACCUUUAAAUGGUGUAUUGGAGCAAAAUAUGUUCCUUCAACAUCUACCAUCACUCAUGACAGUUUAUCAAUUGGAGCCAAAAUUAGGUGAUAGAAUUUUGGAUAUGUGUGCAGCACCAGGUGGUAAAACUACAUUAAUCGCAUCAUUAAUCCAGCAACAAUUCGACCAACAACCAAGUAAUAACUCUACAGAAAUUAUAGCAUUGGAUAAAAAUAAAGGAAAGGUUAAAAAAGUUUUAGACUUGUGUAAAAAAUUAUCAUUAGAUUCAUUUGUAAAAUGUUAUUCAAGAGAUUCAUCUAAAUUAUUAAAAGAGCAUCAACAAGACCCAUCAGAUAAGGUUAUAUUUAAAGAGGGAUCAUUUGAUAAAAUUCUUUUAGAUGGCCCAUGUUCAGGUUUAGGUUCAAAGCCACGUUUUAUAGAAACAUCUAAAUUAAUAGAUUUACAAAAUUGUUCAGAUUUUCAGAAAAAGCUAUUGGAUGUUGCUGUUGGUUUAUUAAAAGAGGGUGGAACAUUGGUAUAUUCAACUUGUACAAUAAAUCCAGAAGAGAAUGAAUUAAAUGUUGCCUAUGUUUUAAACAAAUAUCCAAAUAUGAAAUUAGUUGAGCAAACACCUCAUAUCUCCCAAAUUGGUUUAGAAAACUGUGGUUUAGAUGAUCAACAACGUAAAUUGGUUCAAAGGUAUGAUCCAUCCGAUGCAAAUAUAGGUACUAUUGGUUUUUUUAUUUCAAAAUUUAUUAAAAACUAA